GUGGUUGUGUGCUGUGCCAAAAUAAACUUAACUUCACAGAGAGCGAUCGAUCCUGAAAAAUGUAUUUUUUAAUAAAGUGCCAAAAGUUCUAUGUAUUUAGUGACAAAAAAAUUAAAAAUAUAAAUAAUGCAAAAUGUUUGGCUAAAUUCAAAAGCGGUUGUUUUGAAGCUGAAAUAAUUGAUGCUUCCCAUAGCGAAAAAACUUUACAAAUAAAAUGCCGGAAGUUUAAUGAUGAUCUUGAUGCUGUCGAACUGACCGAACAAUUUCCAGAAGUGACACGCCCAGACAGUACCAAGGUUGAAGCUCCGCUAGAUUCUGUCGAACUGACCGAACAAUGUCCUCAAGUUACACGCGGCGGCAGUACCAAAGUUGAAGCUCUGCUAGAUAAACGUAAUGGAGAUCGCACAAAAACCAGAACAGUUGAUGUGGCUGGAUCGAAAACUAUUGUUUCGUUUGUCAAGGAUGUCUGUGCUUCGAAUAAACUAAAUGAAGACCGUGGAACAGUUGAUGUGGCUGGAUCGCAAACUGGUUUUUCGUUUGGCAACAGCCUUCCUAAUUUUGAAAAGGAUGUCGGUGCUUUCAAUAAAUUAAAUGAAGACCGUGGAACAGUUGAUGAGGAUGGAUCAGAAACUGGUGUUUCGUUUGUCAAUGAGAGCACACCUUAUUUUAAAAACAAUAUCGGUAUUCAAACUGAUAAUCAAUGUAAUGAUCCUGAAGCGGAAAAUGAAACCGACAGUGAAUCAUCUCAAAUACAAGGCGACCCUUUUGAGGAUUCUGGUUCAGAGUACCAAGAUUCCAAGACUGAAUCGGAAUCAGAAAACGUUAUUACACCUAUAAAACGUCGCAGUAGAAAGAUUUAACAUCACUUUGGCUCUGGGUGAUGUCAUGUCUUUAGAAAAGUUACCAUCGCUGCAAGAGUGCAACAACAUUAUAAAGCGGUCUAAUUAUUUAAAAAGCCGAACACCAGCCCAACUAAAAACAUGGAUAGACAACCAGAGGAAGGCAGCUGCUCGAAAAG